UAUUCUAUUUUUUUUUUCUCUUAAUAUUAAUAGUUAAUGGCAAUUAACCAGCAAUUAUUGUUCAAUGAUCUUUUCUACUUUAUAGGUAAAUAUGAUGACACUGACUUUGGCAAAACCAAUUUUGAAAUUCAAGGAUGAUUUUGUUGCCAAGGCAAAUGUUGUCCCUGCAAUAGAAAUGAGUCAAGCACAGCCAGUACCCCGGAAAUUGGAAGAGUCCACGAUUUGCACAGUGUGUGAAUUAGUUGUCAACGAGCUUGACCGAUUGCUUUCGGAUAACGCUACCGAGGAUGAAAUUAUAUCAGCAGUUGAAAAGGUAUGCGAUCAACUGCCGUCAGCCUUCAAGACUGAAUGCAAUGCACUUGUGAGCCAGUAUGGGGCCGCUCUCAUUGAGCUGUUGGUACAGAAGAUCAAACCCGACGAAAUCUGUAUGAAACUCAAUCUUUGCACUGGCAAAGGUAUGUGUAACAUUCAUAUCUUAUCAGGCAACCCAUAACGAAGAUGCCUUGCA